AUGAUUCAGAAAAAAGAAGUACCAUUACUAGAUCAGAUUCAAUUUUUCCUUUCCAAUGAAGGACAAGAAGAAAUUCCUAACUCACCAACAACGUCAAUUCAUCAAAGUGAAGCUGACGAAGAAGAUGAGGAAGAACAAACAAAAAUGAUUCGGUCAGAUCAACUGUGGUCAAUACUACUUGCUGUUAAUGCUACACCGACACCAAAUAUGAAGAAAUUGAUCUAUUUUUUGUACUCGAUUCCAGCUAGUAAUGUUUAUGUCGAAAGUAUUUUUUCUGACAUGAAGCAUUUACUUAGUGAUUCUCGUAAUCGAAUAUCAGUCGAUCUAGUGUCUGCUGAGUUACAAAUUCGUCGAAAUUCCUUGUUGUCAUGUACUGAUAUGCAUCAAUAUUUGAUAUCCCAUAAAGAGUUGCCCAUGUAG